AUGCCAAUCCGAACCCACUCUCAUUUAAGGCCCUUCAAGACGGAGCAAGAAGACAUUUAUGGAGGGCUAGAGGAUUUGGCUGAUGAGCAUGAUCUUGCAAACGAGGGCGACAUUUACGACACGGUGGAUGAAGACGAAGGGGACAAGAUUUAUGACGAUCUGGUCAAUAUUCGGCGAGAACUCACCAGCCAGAGGGCUCAACGACAAAGCGAGCCUAAAUUAGCAAAGCGGGAUUUCUGCCGGACAGAGAUAGUUGAGACAGAAAAGAAAUACGUUGAAGCACUAUCCAUGCUGUGUGAGCAAUUUAUCAGACCUCUGAAAAAAUUCCUAGAGAGAUCGGAAAUUGACAGGAUAUUCCUGAACAUUGAGGAACUUCUGAGGCGGCACAAAGGGUUUUUAAAAGACCUGGACGAUGCUUACAGGAGGCCCAGUCCGACCAUGGCCCAGGCCUUCAAGAAGCACAAGCCAGACUUCCUCAUCUAUGGCUUCUACUGUGCGCACAUGCUUGAAGCUCAGAACUACAUAGAGAAAGUCAGCAGUAACCCUACAGUCAGGGGAAGGAUCGAGGACUGUGAGAGGAGAGCGAACGACAGGAAAUUCCGGUUGCGUGAUCUACUAAGUGUCCCUAUGCAGAGAAUACUCAAGUACCAUCUUCUUCUAAAGGAAUUGGUGAAGAGCACAGACAAAACGCAUCAAGAGAGGAAAGAACUUGAUGAAGCACUUGAUGAGAUGCAGGAUGUUUCAAUGUACGUGAAUGAGGUGAAGAGGGACCAUGAACUCAUGCAGUAUAAUGAAACGAUCCAAGCAAGUUUGGUCGGUUACAGAGGGGAAAGUCUUAACACCUACGGAAGGAACCAGAAGGAUGGUGACUUGAAGAUUAGAAUUACGGGGGCCAAGAAGAACACAUCACAGACAAGAUAUUGUUUCUUGUUUGAUAAAGUCAUGCUGGUCUGUAAAAGCGGUGGAAGGCUAAACGUGGAGAAGUUAUGGGGCCAGGAAAGCCAUGAAUACAUUGAAACCAUUGAUCUAGCACAGUACAAUCUGGAGAAUAAUCUACCAAGCGGUAAAGGGGGAAGGUGGAACUACUGCUUCCAUCUGACGGCUAAAGACCAAAGCGGUGGCAGGAGCAAUCUGGAGGUUGCUUGUAAAACUGAUGUUGAAAUGAUGAGAUGGGUGGAUGGAAUUAAACUUGCUCAGGAAAAUAUCCUGCCAAGACACACUAAAGGACAUACGGUAGAAUACACAUCAUUCAAGGAAUCUACCACGUGCGAUUCAUGCCAAAAGCUACUCAGAGGGUUGUUCUUCCAAGGCUACAAGUGCACAACCUGCGGCAUCACGGUCCACAAGGAGUGCCUCAAUUCCAACCAAACCUCCUACUGCAAUCAGCAAGGAAACGCCAAACCAUCGCCCAUGCCUACCGGUCACCAGCUCAGGGUCACGAGGUCCUACAAAGGCGUGCCGAUGCCCCCCAACGGGGAGCAGCCCCUCAUCGUCUCCGGCGGCUCGCAGGUUAUGGUACUAGAGAACAUCGGCACCGACUGGAAGCGAGUCAAGAGUCUGAGCCCACCGAACGCCAUCGGACUUGUCCCGACACAAUUCAUGAUGGAGAACUAUGAACCGACAAGUGUUCUUCGACCUCCCAUGCAGAUCAAUAGGGAACCUCAACCACAACAACAACAGAGGGCGCCAGAAACAACUGCAGACCUGUUUCAAUUCCCUUGGUAUGUUGGUGAGAUGGAAAGAACAGAAGCCAAUGAGAAGCUAAUAUCCAAGCCAGGAUGUUUCUUACUUAGAAAGAGCAAGAGAGGAUACGCUGUUAGUUUAGAACAUGAUCGCCAAGUGAAGCAUAUGAGGGUCGUCAUGGAAAACAAUCAAUAUGGUCUGGCGGAACAGACAACUUUUCCCUCAUUACAAGAAAUGAUCAACUACUACAGUAGAAACAGCCUUGUUAGUGUGUUCCGAGGGCUUGAUGCCUGUCUACGCAAGCCGUAUCGAGGUGGAACCAUGCCCACAGAAAAUGGUGUGAGGAAACAACGGUACCAGGUGAUAGGACAGGCGAGGGCGCUGUAUGACUUCAGUGCCAGGGAUACACGGGAGCUUUCAUUGAAGGAGAACGAAGUGGUUGCAAUCGUCAGUAAGGCCGGGGGACACAAGGGCUGGUGGAAGGGCUGCGUAGGAGACAGGGUUGGUUAUUUUCCUUCAACGUUUGUCGAUGAAAUCACCGACGGGGCCCCAUCCUGAUGCUACAAAUGUCCACCAACGUAACAUAUCAGAUGAACAAUUUUGCUACUUGCUUAUAAUAUUGUAUGUACUUUUCCACAGAGCCUUUAUCCUUAAAUAUAUGAAUAUAUAUAUAUAUACUUACACGUGAAGACACUAAGAUGUGAAUAUUAGACUAUAUUUGUGAGAUCAAGGGGUAACAAUAAACAACUGCAACAAUAACACCCUGAAUCUCCUCGAAUGCCGAGAUUGUUGCACAGAGUUAUUUGAUAUUCGUCCAGUACCCCAAGACGUGAUACAAAUCUUGGGGGUGGCUGGAGGAUUUUUGUGUUAAAACUCCACAUUCUAACUCAGUAUUUCUUUAACUUAUCUUUUUCAAUGCGCGAGACCUAACGCAGAUUCUGACAACUUAUAGUUAUUUUCACUUGAUCAGAAAUGUUAAUGUUGAACUAGCACCUGAUUUCUAAUCACAUUCAAUUGCAACGUUCUGCCCCGCAAGCCACUUAGUACAUGUAGAUCCUCAUUGGUAUGCUUCGCCUGUGUGUGCAUAGAACAGGAACAGGUUGUGUUUGACAGUACAUGCAGAUCAGAUUCCCAUCAUUUAUCAUGACAAUCCUAAACUGCCCUUCCAUUAAAAAAAACCAGUUUGUUUUUGUGUUCUGUCUUGUUUAUAGUUUGUUCCUCUAGCUAAAAUGUGGGAUUGAAUAAAUGAAAAAUAGGUUUAUUGAA